AUGGCCAGCCAAAAGAACGAGAAGGUUCAGCCUUCUAAUGCCAAAGAGCACGCCUCAAAGCCUAAAGAUAAAAAGGCUGGCAAAUCGUCCGCGACUCUCGACAGGUACCUCUAUGAUACAACUUCCUCUGUACAGGAGCGCAUGGCAUACCAGCCAGUGGACAAGAAAUAUCGGAAAGACAGCAAUGCGUCGAAGAAGGCUGUAGCGGAGCACUUGGAGAAGAUCAUUAAUAAGGUGUGA